CAUUUUUGUGUGGCGGCGCGGACUGGGAGCCCGCGCGCGCGCGCCUCGCCGUCGCCGCCCCGGUGUCCCGGCGCCGCGCCGUGGGCCUCCCCGCCCCCACUCGGACCUCGCGUCCCUCCGGUCCCCGCCGGCGACGGUCACCGCGGCGGCGGCGGCCACGCGGGACCCGCGGUGCGGCAUGGCCCAGUCGGCGGUACAAAGAAGGCGGCCGGCACCCGCCGCGCCUUUAAAGGCGGCAGCCUGAGACUUAAGGUGUCCCCUGCGUGGCGUCCCCCGCGCCCAGCCCCAUGGAGGACGCGGGGUCCCGGCGCGCACGCCGCGGCGCCCGGGCCUGGGAGCACGCGCGGGGCCUGGGGGCCUGCGGGGAGGUGGAUCACAAGUAGAAAGCCCAGUGGAUCAAGAGAGAGAGAGAGAGAGGGAGGGGAGGGGCUGAACUGAAGAGUGAGGCCCCAGAACCAUGUCUACUCGGGAGUCCUUUAACCCGGAAACUUAUGAAUUGGACAAGAGCUUCCGGCUAACCAGGUUCACUGAACUGAAAGGCACGGGCUGCAAAGUGCCCCAAGAUGUCUUACAGAAACUGCUGGAAUCUUUACAAGAGAACCACUUCCAAGAAGAUGAGCAGUUUCUGGGAGCUGUUAUGCCACGACUUGGCAUUGGGAUGGAUACUUGCGUCAUUCCUUUGAGGCAUGGUGGUCUUUCCUUGGUUCAAACCACAGAUUACAUUUAUCCUAUCGUCGACGACCCUUACAUGAUGGGCAGGAUAGCAUGUGCCAAUGUCCUCAGUGACCUCUAUGCAAUGGGUGUCACAGAAUGUGACAAUAUGCUGAUGCUCCUUGGAGUCAGUAAUAAAAUGACUGACCGGGAGAGGGAUAAAGUGAUACCACUAAUUAUACAGGGUUUUAAAGAUGCAGCAGAGGAAGCAGGAACCUCUGUGACAGGCGGCCAAACGGUAUUGAACCCCUGGAUUGUUCUGGGCGGAGUUGCCACAACGGUCUGCCAGCCCAAUGAAUUUAUCAUGCCAGAUAAUGCAGUACCAGGGGACGUGCUGGUAUUGACAAAACCCCUGGGCACACAGGUUGCAGUCGCUGUGCACCAGUGGCUGGAUAUUCCCGAAAAAUGGAAUAAAAUUAAGCUAGUGGUCACCCAAGAAGACGUAGAAUUGGCAUACCAAGAGGCAAUGAUGAACAUGGCCCGGCUCAACAGGACAGCUGCAGGCCUCAUGCACACGUUCAAUGCUCAUGCAGCCACUGACAUCACAGGCUUCGGGAUUCUGGGCCAUGCACAGAACCUAGCCAAGCAACAGAGGAACGAGGUGUCAUUUGUGAUUCACAAUCUUCCCGUGCUAGCGAAAAUGGCCGCUGUGAGCAAAGCCUGCGGAAACAUGUUCGGCCUAAUGCAUGGGACCUGCCCAGAGACGUCAGGAGGCCUGCUAAUCUGUCUACCACGGGAGCAAGCAGCUCGCUUCUGUGCAGAGAUAAAGUCCCCCAAAUAUGGUGAAGGCCAUCAAGCAUGGAUUAUUGGGAUUGUGGAGAAGGGCAACCGCACAGCCAGGAUCAUCGACAAACCUCGGAUUAUUGAAGUCGCACCUCAAGUAGCCACGCAAAACGUGAACCCCACACCUGGUGCCACCUCCUAAUCCAGACAGAAAGAGCUAUUUGAUUUUGUUUUUAAAUAGAUCUAUUUCCUUUAUCAUCACUUCAAUUAAAGACUCUAAGAACAACAAAAUCUCAUUGUGUCUACACAUCUGGUGACCCUAGGUCAAUUUAUGAGUGGAUGCAAUUAAUAAAAUGAAAUCCAUGGCCUUCUUUUCCUGUUACAUUAACUGAAGAUGCACCCAACCUCCAGGCAGCUUCUGAGUUGAGAAUGAUACUGUUAUCCAAUACUGUUGAUUCAUUUUGAAUCUUUAGCUGUGCGUCUCUUGCCGCAUAGGCGCUCUCUAAAGGUGCUUUCCUGCCACACAGGCAUUGCUGGGAGGGGUCCACUAGCCUUCUGUGUCUUCUCCUUUCUGCCCACCCUAUCAGUCUGCUCUGUUUUCAAGUGUCUCAGUUGACAUUCUAGAAAGACAGAAUUGGUAAGUGACAUGACGGUCUCCCCCUAGUCAGAGGGUUGCAUGGCUCCUUCGAGUGUUUGAUUUGUAAAGUUGAGUCUAAUAACUCGAGGGAUUUCUUUAUCUCGUAGCUCACUCAGUUCAGUAUGGCAGGUACUUUGCUAGGCAUGGAAUGCACUUGGAAUACAAAAGAGAAAUGUUCUUUUAAAACAAAGCUUUCCUGAGACUAUCACUAAAAGUCUUUAACAAUAGGGAAAAGGAUACUUUUCGCAAUGCUCUAUAGUUGUUCUAUAGUGUGACGAGGAACUGCCUUCUGAUCCGGGGGUUCAUGUAUCAUACUCAUUUAUAAUUCAAUAUCUAAUUUCCUUCGCAAAUAAUUUUUAAAUAUAAUCAGUACUAAAGACUGUUCUGUGGAUGGUAGUGUUUAAUACAUUUUAUAUUUUGUAUAGUGAUUCCAGGCCUCUUGUUUAAAAUCAGCAGCUCUUUAGCAUCAUUUUGUCUUUGCUGCCAUACUUCUUUGUGCACGCAUUUUGUGAUUUGUGUUAAAAACCUACAUUGCCAACAUUGCAGCUCCAACAUAAAAGUUGUUCAAAUAAAUAUUUAAUUUUUUUAAUUGCUCUUGUAUAAUCAGAUGCCCUUUUUAGUAUUAUUUUAGAAGCAUUUGGGAGGGUUUUGCCUAAAAUACAAUUUAUUGGGGAAAACUAGAUUUUAGUUUUAUAAACUUUUAAGUCUUUCACGGGACCUAUAUUUUCUUGAAUUAAAUUUUGUAGUUCUAGAACAAAUAGGCAAUCUACAAAGGUGUUACCUGUGUUUCUUAAAAACAGGCUUCCUUAUCUUCCUUAUUGUUAGGCAGCUGGGGGAUUCCCGUCUUUAAGCACAAGGGCACUGGGUUCUCAAACACCGGACUUCAAAAGAGAGGAAGCACCACGUCUUCAGGUUUCACAGGGCUUCCUACUAACAGGCCCCAAAGCUGAGCUUUGCAGACUCACCUAACCUCACUCCUGAACACGGAACACCAGGAAACCGCCGCUGGACCAAUGGAACUCCCGGAAGGAAGAGGCUGUGGCAUGCUUGUGUCCCCAGGAUCUCCUGUAUGCACCUAUUGCUGGAACUGAAGCCACUGAGUCUGGCCCCAGCCAAGGAAGUGUCACCGAAGGACACUAAUUGGACUAUAGGAAUCUAUAUGAUGUUGAUCCUUGAAAGUAUGCACCAGUGGUCUGCAAAAUAAACAUGUUGGAACCCUCUGAGUGCACAAAGUA